AUGUUGUGGUGCACAUCUGAUUGCUCUGAAAAGCUUGUUCAUGAGUUCCUCAGCACAGGACCAAUAACCAGAAACAAGAUGUUAAAAAACUGGGGUGUCAUUGGUGGGAUAGCUGCUGCCAUGGCAGCUGGAGUGUAUGUUCUGUGGGGCCCGACUACAGAGCGAAAGAAGCAAAAGAGAGGUAUGGUUCCAGGUCUGUUGAACUUGGGCAACACCUGCUUCAUGAACUCUUUGCUUCAGGGCCUAGCAGCAUGUCCUUCCUUCAUCAGGUGGCUGGAGAAGUUUUCAGGAACGUCUGAGGGUCAGCCAUGCAAAGACAAGCAACUAUCCAAGACUCUCCUUCGACUCCUUAGAGCCCUGUCCAGUGAUGACCCUGGAGAAGAAAAUGUACUUGAUGCGGGAUGCCUACUGGAUGUUCUCAGACUGUACCGGUGGCACAUUAGUUCAUUUGAAGAGCAGGAUGCCCAUGAGCUGUUUCAUGUCCUUACAUCUUCUCUGGAGGAGGAGCGAGAUCGCCAACCCAGUGUCACUCACUUGUUUGACAUGCAGUUUCUUGAGAGUCUCCCUGAACUAGAUGAGAAGACUAUGAGUUGCAGAGGUCGAGCCCCUCUUCAUCCCAUACCAAGUCCUUGGAAGUUUCAGCAUCCUUUUCAUGGUCGUUUAACAAGCAACAUGUCCUGCAAGCACUGUGAACAGCAAAGUCCAGUGCGAUAUGACUCAUUUGACAGCCUGUCGCUAUCCAUACCAUCACCACAGUGGGGUCGGCCUGUUUCCCUAGACCAGUGUCUUCAAUAUUUCAUCUCUUCAGAAACCAUCAAAGAAGUAGAGUGUGAAAACUGCACAAAGCUCCAACAAGAGUCCAUUGUGAAUGGGCAAGUUUUGGAGAGCCAGAGAACAACAUUUAUCAAACAGCUUAAACUUGGAAAGCUCCCCCAGUGCCUCUGUAUCCACCUUCAGAGACUGACAUGGUCCAAUGAAGGAACCCCAAUCAAAAGACAAGAGCAUGUACAGUUUGCAGAGUACUUGUCUAUGGACCGCUACAAGCACAAUGUCACCAUCCAGAGAAUUCAGCGGAUCAAGUGCUCCUUCAAACCCAUUAAGACAGAGAAUUCGGAGGAGUCCACUGACAAGCCCAACUCCAUUGGCAUCGACACAGAGCACCAUAACAACAACAAACCUCUGUCCAAUGGAACCUGUUCGUCUGUCUUUCUCCACUCUCCUGGAGUGAGCUCUCAGCUCAACUUUACAUAUGACUACAGUUCCUCAGAGUACCUUUUCCAGCUCAUGGCGGUGCUUGUCCACCAUGGCGACAUGCACUCAGGACACUUCGUAACAUACCGCCGUAGCCCUUCCUCACCUUGUAGUUCCUCACCCUUUAGCUCCCAGUGGCUCUGGGUGUCAGAUGACUCGGUGCGCAAAGCUAGCCUACAGGAGGCAUUGUCCUCCAAUGCUUACCUGCUUUUCUAUGAGAGAGUCCAAAGAUUCAGUCCAGCUUGUUUUCCAAAGGAGUAGGAUGAAACCACAGGUUUUCAUCCUAGAGUCUGACCACUCUUCCUCUUCUUCACUCAUAUCGCCCGCACCGAAUGUGCCAGUUACAUGGUCAUCACCAGUGAUUCUUACUUUGUGACAUUGAGAUCUUUGAGGAGAACCAAUGAGUUGUUAUCAUAGAGACUGUAUUGUAUCAUGUUCAGUGAAGGUCAGCCUUUAGCCUCUUCUGUGCUGACAUUAAAUCAUGAAUGGAAACUAUGGCUGUUUCUCAGACCUAGAGUACGCGGCAUACUUGAUCCCAAAGAUAGUGAACGUGCAAGAUUAUAUGUUAACAUCUUUCAUCAUGAAAGAUAAUUUUCUCUUUGGCCUGUGUGUGACUGUUUCAACCAUAUAAUAUUUAGGAUUUUACAUCAAGAGGAAAAGAAAGUAGUCUCUGUUCAUUGGGUCAGAUUUGAUAUUUUUCCUCCUUUCUUGUCCUCCUUAAUUUGCCUCAUCAUUCCAAAAUGGCAGUUUUGUAAUUGAAAUAAUGUCUUAGUUGACAUUGUUCAUAAGCUGCUCAAUUUGAUAUUUUUCUGUGUUUUGAAGAAAUCAAUUAUACUUUCAUUAUUUGCAUAACUGCACAGUUGAGGUCAAACUGCCAUCUUGUCAUCAAUGUUCAAGAUUUUGAACACAUUAAACCAUGUGUUACAACUCUUAACAUGAAUACAUGCUACGUUUUAUACCCCAGAAUGCCAAUGUUGACAUCACUGGGGAAUGAGUGUGAACAGUCAUGAGUCCAAGAAGACAUUUAACUGAUGGUUAACAUUGCCUAAUUGCUAUUGUCUACAUCCCUCGGCAUUUUAAAUCAUGGAAGCCAGAGUAUAAUUGCACAUAGUGGCAUGAUGUAAUGCAAAAUACAAUAUCCACUUAUGUGUAAUAGAUACUGCCAUUUCACUUCCUUGUCAAAAAUAAGGAAAAUUAGGAUAUGGCCUGGUGCAAACCUCAUGUUAAUGUCUGCCAAUCAAUUUGCACUAAUGUAUAUUUAUGUGAGAUUGUGUGCGUUUGUGUGAGAUCUGUAAAGUACUUGAUUGUUUUCAGAUUUCAGUCAUUAAAAAAAAAAAGCA